CUAAAGUUCGCGCAAACACACAAAGUCUUCCUGCCCCGAGAGACACGCGUGCAAAAUUUAUACACACACACACGUGGAAUCGCCGCCGCUCCGCCACGCACGAACACCGGUGGGGUUCUUCCUGUGCCCUCCUCACCGCCUGCCCCAUCCCCUAGGUACGCCCACGCCCAAACCCACACCCACACCGGUUUCCUCUUGUGGACGCUACGACGAUAUUCUAAGUAACAAGAUUAAUGCAAGAUUGUCAGACUAGCACGCCUCAACCCACACCCACCCACAGCUGUUCACGCCGCCCCCAGACACGCUUCCCCUCUGCGGAUGCUUUGAACCCACUCGGAAUAGUUUAGUCCAAGAUUACCAAACGUACACUCCUGAAAACAAAAUCUCAUUCAAGAAUCACACCUUAGCAACAGCAGUCAAGGAAGAGUAUCAAGACAACACUCUGAAAGCUGCAACGAUUUCCCCGCACAGAAAACUGACUAAAAUCAACAAUAAACCGAGUGAAAGAAACUUGCCCACGGAAAAUUAACGCAUCUGGACAUUGAAAGGCAUGGAAUGAGUGACUUAAACAUGUGGCGGCGGUAAACCCAGAGCAUUGCAACGAAAAACUAAGCGAAACCAUAAAUAAAAGAUAAAGAAAAUAACCUUAAGACAAGAAUUAAGACUUUAAGAUUACAAGGUGAUACGAAGAUUCAUGAACGCCAAUUGUAUAAUACUGUAUGAAAAUAGUGAGAGAAGGAGGAAGUAUUUCUAGGAAGCCAAGAAACAAGUUAAAGGAAACGAAAACAAAAGGUAAAAAAGAAAAUAAGUAAGAACGAACAAAAAAAAAAUACUAACAAGAGGGACAAGCAAACGGGAACUCAACUCUAACACUAUAAAAAAAAUAUUGGUGGGUAACUGAAAAGAAGCAGAAAUAAGUGAAUCGUAACUAAGCAAAACACGUAAAACCAGUAAAAAAAAACAUUACAGAGAGAGAACGACAAAGACAAAGCACACGAACUAAGCCAAAGAAAAAAUAAAACAGAAAACACAGGGUAAGAAAUAAAAAGAAAAAGAAAACAAAAGUACACGGGCUUGACAAACAAAUAAAACAAAAAAAAAUAUAACAGAAAACACGAACGAAACGAACAAAAAAACGACAAGAAAACACGGACUCAGCGAAUUAAAACAACUCCAUCUCCAAAAUUAAAACAGAAAAAAGCACAAACUAACAAUUAAAAUACCCAUAAAAGUAACGCUAAACUCGGGCUAAGCGAAUACAAGCAGCAUCAACAGUCUGCCCCUUCGUUGCUCCAUAGAGACAGACUUGGAGGUGCGUCACACGGGGGCGGCAGAGGCAAGAACACAGGUGGCGCCGCAGGUGACGAAGAAGAGUGCGUGGGUGUGUGCUGGAGCUAAGCCCGGAUUGUGGAACGAGCCUGAUCCAAUUGAGAGCGAGAGCGAGAGAGAGAGAGAGAGAGAGAGAGAGAGAGAGAGAGAGAGAGAGAGAGAGAGAGAGAGAGAGAGAGAGAGAGAGAGAGAGAGAGAGAGAGAGAGAGAGAGAGAGAGAGAGAGAGAGAGAGAGAGAGAGAGAGAGAGAGAAAAGCUCAUCUCUUCAUCUACUCUUGAUCCUACGUGCACCUUCUCCAUCGUUACCUCACUUAAUCAUCCCGACACACCUGCACGCCAGCCAUAAAAAGAACAUCCUGCUGAACACUGCCUAAAACACCGGCCACUAAAGUAAGCAGGGCCAUUCUCCCCUCUCACUUUGCAAGAUCUUCGGUAUACAGCCAGCCAUAUUUUACUGGAAGAUGUAAUAAAAAGACUGACUAAACCACAAGUCAUUUACAGAAAACAGGGCUCUCUAACUUUGCAAGACCGUCAAGAUUCAGACGGCCACAAAAGUAAGGACUACUCCAGAGGAUAAUGUAAUAUGAAAACUGGCUAAAUCAAACGCUGUUUACAGUAGCAUUUAUCUAGUUUUCGCCCAUUUUCUAUUGAACUAUUUUUGCCGAGGCCACUCAGCUUGCUCAUUCAGUCAAGAAAGUAAGUCUUGUCCCAGAACACGAAGAAUAAUGAAAACUGGUGUGGACAAAUGAUAUUCACAGUAAGCAGCGUUAAUCCUUUGUAGCAUCUCCUCACUCAGUAUCAUAUUGUUCUAAGGUGGCCGACAUACUGGGGGCGCCUUCACUCAGCCUCACGGUGGACUGCGGCGGCUGGCGAAACACGAGACACCGAAGCACAACACUGAAGCACAACACUGAAGCACAACACGGAGUCCUAAACCAAAACCGUCCAAUCACGUCGAGAAGAAACACAAACGUCCAAUCAACACGAAAGCAACUCUUUAACUGACGAAAGAUAACGAAGUACAUUAACACUGAAACAGAUAUUAAGGGUUGAACCAGAAACUUGAGAUGAGAAAGUCGUGAUCAUAGACACACGCAAAACAAUGCACCAACACUCGAACAACAACAGGCCACGAAAGAACGGUACAAAAGCACAAAAUCAAACGAACUAGAACUGAAACACUGUAGUAAGGAAAAAAAAGCGUUACUGAAACACAGGCAUAUAAAGAAUUACUGAAAGAAAACAAAAAAAAAUCUUAAUCUAAACGGUGAGGAAAAACAAGCACGCGGAUACAGUGAUAACAUACAUGAAACACAAGAAUCGGAUGAGCAGGUAACACAAAAACACCGGCGAAAGGAAACACUGCGCUGAGUCACUACAAGGAAGAAACGGGAAAUAAAGAAUAAGAUGUUUUGAAGCCAUAUUAACAGCAGAAAAUUCUCGAACUUGAUGGAAAAAUAAAGGAAAAGCGAAGCACUGCAACACUCACCGGUACACUGAACGAAGAACAGCAUCACACACCUGCGAAAGGAAGCACACAAUCAAAUAUUUAUACCUGGAGAGAGGAAAAACUAAUCACGUACAUUUUUUAAACUUAUCAUAAAAAAGCAUUAAAGAUCAAGAGGACUAAGCCAUUGAUAAAAAAACUACAUAUUUAUAUAAACAAUUUCUCAACGCAAACAUAACUCCUCGCCUGAACUCUGAAGGAUUCUUGAUGAAGCGCAAACUAUAAACAAAAUUCUUCCCCACCGAGCUCCCUAAAAAACUGGACUGUGGACACAAGCUUACUAGUAAAACAUACCAAGGAAAAAUGAAAAAAUAACAGUACAUGAAGGAUUGAAAUUUAUCCAAACAACCAAUUACAAGAAAACAACGUGUUUAUACUGACCCGCGAACUGGGAGGAGAGUGAGACAGGACGCGAAGGAUGAGGACACACAACGAACCGGCAAAAGCGACAAUAUCGUUGAGAACUGGCGUGAGUAAUAAAACGAAAACUUAAUAAACAAAAAAUUUAGGACAAAGUUUACAAAUCUAUUUAAUUUCGAACAACAAUUCCUCAAAAAUGAAAAUCGUAACACACAAAUUACAAGGCGCGAGAACGUAGAAAAAAGUAAAGAAAACGUGGGCGGCAAGAGAAACACACAGAGGACAGCCGAGGCAGCAGGAGCGGCCUCGAGAAUCAAAACUCAGGAACAUGUUCUGGAUCCUCAAAAAACCGAAGUUCACCACAAACUUCUUCAGCAGCGUCAUCAACAACAACAUCCUGUACAAAGACUCAAGCCGGUCCACCAAGCGAGGUUAUGAUCGUCUCACCGCUAACGAGGAGGAUGCCAACGGUAACAGCAGCCCCGCCCCCCUCCGGCAUCCCCCCGCCUCCUCCACGCCCGCCACCACUCCUAGCGAGGCCGGCCCACUCACCCCCGUCACGCCCACCACCCCCAGCACGGACAUGGACGUGGGGUCGAGCGGCAGCCCCUCCCUGGUCGAGUCCUCCUCAGACUUCGAGCAUUACAUGACGCAAUCUGACAGCAGCGAUUCGUCCUCCGAUGAAGAUGAUGACGAGGCGCUGACCUGUAACGUGUGUGACCGCGCCUUCCCCACCCCACGCCUCCUCGCCUCCCACCAAACCAGGAAAAGGCACUACGGGUGUUCAACGUGUGAGAACGUGUUCCCAACCCUCAUGUCCCUGGAGGCCCACAAGGAGGAGACCAACCACUGGUCCGACGACGACCUCUUCCUCGACGACGACGAUGACGACGACGACGACGACGACCUGGACAACCUGUACGACGACGAGGUGAACGAGGAGGAACGCGAGAAGCUGCUAUAGUCCCUGGCCGGCGUGGCUGCUGGACGCGUAGGCUAAGUAGAAUCACGGUAGUCUAAAUAUUAGCGCCUAAGAACAGAUGGAUAUAUAUAUUUUCCUCUCUUUUAACAACUUCCUCUGCUAUGUACGUAAGGAGAAGGGGGGGAGGAGGAGGAGGAGGAAAUAAUACGAAAAGGAGUCAGGAUGGAGGAAAAACAGAGGAGAGAAAUAUGAGCAAGAGAAUGAAAAGGAUAUGGACGAGGAUGUGGAGGAAGACAAGAAGGAAGAAAAUCGAGGAAAAAGAGGAAAGAAAGGAAGGACGGUUGGAAAAAAGAAAGGAAAAGGAAAAAUGAGCUCACUCCUCUCCUUGUAGUUAAUUAUCAGAGAGAGAGAGAGAGAGAGAGAGACCCUUGCCUUCUCAGACUGAAACGGACUAACGUAGUUUCUCGUCGCGAGUCGUCCAAGAAAAACGCGGGGUUUCAAAGGUAACUCUUCUGUUCCCAGCCCGGCAGGCGCGGCCCUCUAUCAGCCCUCUCAUCAACUAAGUAGGGGCGAGGGUUAUUAGCCUGCCUGCCUCUCUCCUCCUCCUGUUACGUCUCUAAGCCCCGUCCUCGCCCCUCUUUACACUGGUGCAGGGGCGGAGCAGCGGGAGAGGGACCCAACCUAACACAUUUCUUUCUGUUUGCCCUUUGCCGAUGUAAAGGGACUUAUCAGGGAAAGGAGGCGCGGGGCGCUCUCUGCAGGCCUCUCUGCCCUUCCUGUGAUGUAGAUGUAGGUGAAGAUCGGUUCAUCAAACUAUAUUUUUAAUAUAAGUUCUCUUUUGCGCUCCGUUGUAAGGACAGGAAAACGUCAAUCAGCUGUCAUCCUACGCCCGUACUUUACUUAUCAAAAGGACGGAGUGGAUAGAAGUGAGAGGCCUUCUUUCUUAUUUUCUUAUAUUUUGGUCUGUAGAAUAUAUAUAUAUAUAUAUAUAUAUAUAUAUAU